AUGAUGGAGAACAGCGGCAUGGAUGCGCAUCAGGUUGAUAUCGAUUCGGAAUUUGAGCCCCACGGUCGGUCGCGGUCGUGCACCUGGCCGCUGCCGUGUCCGGAGGAUUUCCCCGGGGGAGAGGAGGCGAGCCGGGGUCUGGCCCUGGCGUCGGUCAAAGUGGAGCAGUACAACGUGCCCGCGUGCCGGGCCGAGAGAAAAGGCGGCGCGCCGGCGGAGCUCAAGCAUCCAGCCGGCGCCCCGGCCCCGGUGGUCGCGGCUCCCGCCUGCAUGUCCGGGGCUGCGCUUGACGUGGCCGGCCAGCUGCGCAAAGCCAAGUCCUCCCGGCGGAACGCGUGGGGGAACCUGUCGUACGCCGACCUCAUCACCCGUGCCAUCGAGAGCACCCCGGAGAAGAGACUCACCCUGUCCCAGAUUUAUGACUGGAUGGUUCGCUUUGUUCCUUAUUUCAAGGAUAAAGGCGACAGCAACAGUUCAGCCGGAUGGAAGAACUCGAUCAGACACAACCUGUCCUUACACAGUCGCUUCAUACGGGUGCAAAAUGAAGGGACAGGGAAGAGUUCUUGGUGGAUGCUGAACCCAGAGGGUGGGAAGAUGGGAAAGGGACCCAGGCGACGUGCAGCAUCUGUAGACAAUGGGACUCGCUAUCUGAAGACUAAAGGUCGAAUCAGCCGGAAGAGAGCAGGGGCUAUAGGCCUUGGACGGGGACACGGUCAAGGGGGUGGACCAGCAUUGCAAGGCUCCCCGGAGCAUGGCAGUCCAGCAGGUAAAGGAGGUGUGGGCAUGGGGGGUGAGGACUAUGACACCUGGACGGAUCUCCAUUCCCGCACCUCCUCCUCUGCCUCCACGCUGAGUGGCUGCCUGUCCCCGAUCUUGGCUGAGGCGGAGGCAGAUGAACCAGAGGAGGGUGGGUUGUCCUGUUCAGCCUCCCCUCGAUUGUACCCCAGUCCUACCAGCACCCGUUCCCCGGCCCUGGGCACUGGGGGCCACUGCCCCACUGUGGAGCUGCCCCAGCUGACUGAUCUGACUGGUGCUAUCAGUCUCGAUGAGAGUGGCUACCCCCAGCCACCACCAAUCAAAUGCAACGGUUAUCCCUAUGUGCCUGGACCCAAGGCGGAGGGCUCUUACUGCGGGCCCAUUUAUGGACAGUCUUCCCUGGGGAUGCUCAGGCAUCACACUCCCAUGGAGACCAUCCAGGAGAACAAGCCAGUUAGCUUCCAGCGCCCAAUGAGAGGCUACUCAGAGAACAACGCCCUGCAGAGUCUACUCACCGGGGGUCCUGCAUACUGCAACAAAGACACAGUACUAGUCCAGGGACGGGAAACACACACACUAAUAACACAGGGAACCAAUGGUGUUCACAACCAGCACAACCACAAUCAGAAUCGCAGCCACAAUCACAGCCAAGAGCAUGCUCACAAUCCCAGUCUACACAAUGGCCAUGGCUCCAUCCACGACCAGAACACAACCCACCAUCAGAACCACAAUCAGGGUCACAAACACCAAGCCAGCCUCGAAUACAGCCACAGCCACAAGCCCCACCCUGCCCAUGACUAUGUUAACCCCAGCCAUGAUCACAACCCUCGCUCCAGCCAGAGUCACAUGCACACCCACAACCCCAUGCCCGGUGGUCCUCCCCCACAGGCUCUCUCCCCACGGGUAAGCACUGACAUCCUGCAGCCCUAUAGCCUCAAAACCUCCAACCACUAUGGGCCCCGACCCCACCUCCCAACUUCGCCAUCCCUGCCCCCCAACCCUGCUGGUCUUAUGGACGUCCCCCAGGAUCCCUGUCGCCUGGCGUCAGCGCCUCACCCCCGUCAUCAGCCGUACCCAGGAGCUCACCAUCAGGGUAUGACCAACUCCUGGCAUGGCUACUACCACAACAACCACCAGCAGGGGAAUGCUGGCUACCAUGGACAACAGCACAACUCCCACAAUCGAAUGGCUACCAACCUGGAGAUGGAAAACAUACCUAAUAGCCUAGACUGUGAUGUAGACUCCAUCCUGCUCAAUGACUUUAUGGAAAAUGAGGGCAUGGACUUCAACUUUGAUGGCUCUCUGUCCCAAGGUCUGGGCAUGGGGAUGGGCAUGAGCUUAGGGGCAUUUGCUUGCCCUCCACAAGCUCACAGCAACCAGAGUUGGGUGCCAGGGUGA